AGAUGAUGGAUAAAUGAUGGAAGGAUGAUGGAUAGCUAGAUGAUGAUGGAUGGAUGAUGGAUAGACAGACAGCUGAUGGAGGGAUAAAUAGAUGAUGAUGGAUGAAUAGAUAGAUAGAUGAUGGAUAGCUAGAUAAUGACUGGAAUUAUACACAUUAUUCAACUAAACAAAAACACCCAUCUAAACCUACUGAAUAUAUAAUGUAUUUUGUGAUAAUAUACAACCCAGACAAAACUCUAUAUUUCACUUUAAUUUCUCUAAUCCACUGAAAUAUAAUGCCCUUUAUCACAAUGUUUUUCUUUUCUUUUUUCUCAGACUUUAACACAAAGAACGACUGACUGUAAAGAAAUUCGCUCAAACUCAAGUGUGUUUGCUGGUGUUGCAGACUAACACCACAUGCAGCAGCUGCUGCUCCAUGUCGAGCUCUUUGUUUUGGACCAACGUCUGUCACUCUUCCUCAUCGACCAAUGGAAGAACGCGUUACUGAAUGCAGUCAGACAAUGAGCGUCGAGUUUUAUGACACUGUGCCUGUUCCGACGCGCGCGCACCGAGCCGUCGAGCUAUUUCUACUUUUAUCCGCCUUGUUAAACCGCUUAAAUCCAUAUUUUAGCAUCGGUUUUUUUUUUUUACUAAAUAAAAAAAUAUAGAUAUACAGUCUUCCAAAAAAAAAAAACAAAAAAAAACAUAUUUGCACGAAAUAAAUAGCUGUGUUUGUCGUAUAUUCACACGAGGACAUUCAAACGAAAGCGCGAGCCGGUUUGACGGUGUCAACAGCGCGAGACAGAGUUGCACGCUUUUAUUACGGAUUUAUUAUAUUUUAUAAACUUGCAAAAUACUUUAAUUCGAUUCUAAAAAAUUGCACUUGUAAUAAGGAAAUAAUUGCACUCGCAUUUUGUAGGUAAAAGUCCGUGUUUUCUAUUGCACUCCGGUAUAAAUCAUGGCGCAAUUUCUCGAGGAUCCGGCGUCGCUCACUAAAGAGAAACUGAAGAGUGAGUUAAUGGCCAAUAAGGUUCCUCUGCCCAGCGCUGACAGCAAGAAAGACGUGUAUGUUCAGCUGUAUCUGAAGAACCUGACCGUGCUCAACAAGAAGAACCCUCCUGCGGACACUUUCUCCAGUGAUGACGACACAGCUCCGGUACUGUCCAACAGGAGCCGCUCUGGGAGGAAAGCCACAAGAAAGACAGACAGAGUUCGGGCUGACCAGAAGGAUGUUUUCGGUUUGACUGAUGAAGAAUUGAAGGUGCAGCUUCUAAAAUAUGGGGUCAACUCCGGGCCGAUUGUUGCAUCUACGCGUAACGUGUACGAGAAGAAACUUCAGCAGCUCCAGGAACAGCCUCCAGUGGAGACCACACUACUCGAACCUGAGACCACCAUCCCAGAGACCGUCACCAUCAAGCCAGAUGGAAACCAGAACGGAAACACACAUUCAGCAGAAGAUCAGUACAGCGACAAAGAAGAAGAAGUUGAAUCAAUCCCAGAACCUCCCAUAGCAACUAAGCCGGUCCGGAGCAGAGGUAAAACUCCAGUCACCACCAGGACCAGCAGCAGACAGCGCACCAAACAGGUGGACGAAACAGCAUCUGCUGAUGUUCAGGAAACAACUGUGGACGGAGAAGAUAUUUUAAAGAAUAUGUUCCCUAAUGAACCUGCCACGCCCACUGGAAUAAUGGUCACGUGUCGGAGACCGAUCCGCGGUGCGGCUGGACGUCCAGUGAAGCCGUUGAAUCUCUGGUCUGAGGAACCCCUCCUGCAGCAGCACGUUUACACAGCGACCAAAUCGUCCAUCACGGACAUUUGCGCUUCAGCACCUGCUGUGCAUCCUCGAUCCCGCUGCUCCUUCUCCUUCUGGUUGAAGCUCCUUGUGCUCCUUGCACUGGCUGCGUCACUGUACUACACCUUCCAGAAUGUCACGACCGACCAGAUCAGCGCCUGCCAGCUCUUCGUCCAGGACAGUGUCAUCACUCCCAUCGUCAAUUACAUUAGUUGGGAAAGCGAUGGUGUGAGCGGCGACGGCAAAUGAGCGCCGCCCGUCUGUCGAUUCGCGCUUCAGCAUGCAUCUACUGUCAGACUAAAUUUUCUAGUCUAGUUUCGCUGGUACUUUAAGAAGCAACGCAUCGUCAGGGUUUUGGGGGGUGGGGGUGUGUGUUAAUGCAGUUCGACUUAGCAGUCAUGUCUAUAUAGACUUGUCUUUUUAGUUACUGUAGUCUUUAAACUCGGUGUGCAUUGUGUUUCAAUCUUGCUUUCGGAUUUCACUGUUUUGUAGCAUACGAAACGACGUAGAGUGAUGUAGUGUUUUAUGAUUGAUAAUAGUAAAUCUUUUGCUACAGUACACCAGCAAAACAAAACGAGUUUUUUUAUUUCUAAAUCUUUUAGUAAAGUGCCAACAUAUGGCCCACACGAGCACAAUUUAGUUUCAAACACAUCAAGGUUGGAAUGGAAAAAACUGAAGCUGAAUGUUUGAAAAAAAAUUCAACAUUUUUUCCUAAAUGAAUAUGGCAUCUUUUAUUUCAGAACGGCUGAAGUUGACAUUUUAGAGUUGCUAAUGAGACCAAAAAUUAUUUUUUUUUUUUUUUUUUUUUUUUUUUUAAAGCGCUCUAAUAUAGUAGGGUGAAUCUAACGAAGACAUGUCUGAAAAAUAUUUCACCCCAAGAUCAAAAAUUUAAUUUGUUUUAAAUGGGGCCAUUUAGUAUUUAUUUUUUUAUUUAUUUAUUUUUUUUUGGACUAAAUUUUCAUGAUGAUUAAGUACUUUCUUCCCAAGAUUUUUACUACUGUAAUGCAAUUAUUAAAUCUCGUACAAAAUGCGGUAAUAAAAAUCAUCCUGACUGGACUCAAUUUUUCUUGAUAAAUAUUAUCAUCAUCUUAAAUGUAAUUCAGUAGAACAAAUACUACCUUGACAUAUACUUACAACUGUUUAUUAUAAAUGGUUUUUUUUUUUACUAUUUAAAUAAUUUGUAAUUAUUUUAAUGCUUUACAGGUAUAACAAUGAGAUUUUUUUUAUUUUUUUUGGAUUUUCCCCCUUUUCUCCCAAUUUGGGAUUCCCAGUGUGCUUUUAAGUCCUCGUGGUCGCGUAGUGAUUCGCCUCAGUCCGGGUGGCGGAGGACGAAUCCCAGUUGCCUCUGCGUCUGAGACCAUCAACCCACGCAUCUUAUCACAUGGCUUGUUGAGCGCGUUGCCACGGAGACAUAGCGCGUGUGGAGGCUUCACGCCAUCCACCGCGGCAACCACGCUCAAUUCACCAGGCGCCCCACCGAGAAAGAACCACAUUAUAGCGACCACGAGGAGGUUACCCCAUGUGACUGUACCCUCCCUAGCAACCGGGCCCAUUUGGUUGCUUAGGUGACCUGGCUGGAGUCACUCAGCACGCCCUGGGAUUCGAACUAGCGAACUCCAGGGGUGGUAGCCAGCGUCUUUACUGCUGAGCUACCCAGGCCCACUAACAAUGAGAUUUUGCACAUUAUUAUAAUAAUUGUGGUGGGAUAAGUGCGUAAUUUUUAUGAAAAUAAUGUCACAAUGCAAAAUUCUUAAUGGUACGGAAAAUUUGACUUAUUUCAAGUCAAAUAUAACUUUUUAUUUUUUUUAUUUCGAUUUUAGGGUUUAAAUAUACCACGAGCACUCUGUAGCAUUUGUUUAAAUGAUCUGUAGCAUUGAAAUGUUCAAACUACUUUACCACCAGAUCUGAUAAUGUUUGGUUUUAGUACUAGGCAUAAAGAUAUUUAUUUUUAUCUAGAGCUUGAACAAAACUGUUAUUUUAUUCGCCUGAAAGUCUAAUGUAGUAAAUGAAGCUUUAGCUCUGGUGAAAGACAGCCUGUUUUUUUAUUUUUUUUAUAGAUAAUGAUGACUCAGUAAAUGUGUUUGUGAUGUUAUCAUAAUGUGAUGUGGCAUUAUAGCAAGGGCAGGGCCAGAAGGGUGACGGGGUGGCCACCCUAAAAAUGAGCUUUGCCACCCCAACUCCGACUCGGAGACUUAACCUGUCUGUGUCGCGCAUGGUCCAUAACAAUGUUACCCCCCCUCGUUACUCGACCUUGCAACCCCUUUGCCACCCCUGGCAAAAAAGUCCUGGGCACGCCCCUGCAUUAUGGGCGAUAACAUUUUUAAGACCCAUAAUGAAAAUACUACCCAUUGACCUUUUCCUAUUAUUGUCUGUAAUUAAUCUGUCUGUGAUUGCUCAAACAGUGGCACUCAUCUGACUAAACUAUGAAUUAUUUUCUUUGCUGUGAUUUUUUUUAUUUUUAUGAAAUAUUUUUCCAUAUAUAUUUGCUAACUAUGGAGUAUCUGUCUUCAUUUCAUGCAGAGAAAUACAUUUGCGUUCAUUUUCCAACUCACAUGGGUUUGUUUUUAUAUUUUACUGUCAGUUAAAAUACUUUAUAACUGCAAUAUUUUUCUAAUGUCUUCUCAAAAAUUUAAAACAUUUAUUUUAAAACAAAGUGGGUUACUUUUAAAUGUACAUAACCUACAGUAAAUCCACUACUAAUAUUUUAGUUUUUGUGGGCCAUGUCUUAAGGUAGUGAAUGGCAUAAAAUGAGUCAAAUUUGCACUUUGUAUUUUUUAGGCAGCUAACUGUGGAAAAUUGGUUAUUUGGAAUAAGUUGAUUAUUCACUGUUGAUUCAGUACAAUACUUGUGUGAAAUAAAAGAAAAUUGAAA